UCACGUUGAACGAAACCUGGUCCCUCCGCUCUCACCUGUUUGUCAUUCGGCUGAGGUUGGUGGUCGGUGGUACUGCUUCGUGUUGUCGCCUGGGUUCGAAAUUUGGCGUCUUUUCAAUCGGAACCUAGACCAAGAGGUUUUGUACAUUCGUUUUAUCUUUCGGCUUCGAAGUUUACGCCUACCCGUGAAAUUCAGGAUGACCACUGACUUUGAGAUGCAAGCCUUCAAAACGAACGGCAGCGACGCCGUUGGACGGUCGCUGACAACGGGCAAUGGUGCCAAUCACGCCUACAGAUGCCGCGACGAGGGAAGCGUGCUGCUCAGCGCUCAGAGGAACGGUCACAGCGGCGAGACAAUGCCUUCAGGAUGUGUGACAGCUGAGGCUUUCGCAGGUUCUAAGGAGAGCGCGGCGCACAAGGUGAAGCGGGAGCUGAGCGAGGCGGUGUGCGGCAAAGUGCGCUUGUGGAUGCUGCUCGUCUUGCUGCCCGUCGUCAUCGUCGCCGUGGUGCUCAUCUCGCUGGGUGUGUGCUCAGCAAUUCACGAGGACACCGAUGAGAAGUUCAACCGGUCAUCGUUCCGUGUUGCUCGCCUCUUCAACGGCAGCUUCAGUCUACCGGGCCUCACCUUCACCGAGGACCUGCUCAGCCUUUCGUCCAAUCAGAGUCGAGCCCUCACCGGAGACCUGCAAGGCAAGCUGUCAGACGUGUACAGAUCCUCGCCCGCGCUUGGACGCUACUUCUCCAAAGCGGAAAUUUACGCUCUCCGGCCUGGCUCGGUGAUCGCCGAGUACCAGCUGACGUUCGUCAUGCCCGAGGAGCACCAGGAGCAGCUGAGGAGCUUCACGCUGAGCCGGGAGAUGGUGUACAACGUGCUCCGGCAGUUCCUCUACGACCAGGAGGGCCGCGGCGCCUCCCCCUCCUCCGCUUUGUACAUCGACCCCGUUUCCCUCAAGUUGUCAUGAGGUGGCGUCCGCAGGUGGGUCGUUUUGCGUCGUGGCUCUCCGAGCGGGGAAACCGCACAGUCACACAAAUCAUCUGACAAGAUCAAGUAUUAAUGCGGGAAUGUCAUGAUUCAUGUUAGCGAUGUCAAGUAGCUACGCCUGCCCAAAGUCACGUGGUCCGUAGCAGCGGUCGGGGGUGAGGUACUCCCGCGAGUGGUUGCCGCUCGAUCAUGGGGCAAACGUGCAUGGCGCUCACAUGGGUGAUUUAGAGUCUUCAACUCACCUGAUGUACAAGUUUGUGGGAUUCGAACCCAGAUCUCCUGACUGCGAGGCUGGCCUCCUCACCACUUCCUAUCUCGCGGCCAAUUUAAAAUGCAAAAGAAAUCAAAAUAAAUUGAUCUUUAAAUGUUAGUAAAUAGAUGGAUGCUUAUUCAUACAGAUACUUAUUUCCGUUUUCUCAUCCCCAACCAACCUGCCAUGCAUGUUUUUGGAAUGUGGGAAGAAAGGAGAAAACCCACAUAGGCACGGGGAGAACAUGCAAGCUUCACACAGGAAGGCCUGAGCCGGAAUCGAACCCUUGCACCUCUUCCCUGUGAGGCGUACGUGCUAACCAGUCAUCCACCGUGCCGCCCCUUAUUUCAUUAUGAAAUGCAAAAACAAAAAUGCCAAAUUUAAAACCCCCCCGCCCCAAAGAGCAUCAAAAUGACUUUAAAAUGUAUAUUUGUAGUUAUAAAUGUAUGAAAUCAAUAUCUUGUAUUUACUUUACUUCAAUUGCUGAGCGUCAGACAACCUGAUGGCAUUUUGUUGUUUUGGGAUUUGAACCCAUUUUUGACUGUGAGGCUGAGGUGCCAACCGCGGUAGCCACACUGUGCUGCUCAUGAAACAUUUUGAACAGCAACUGUCAAAUUCUCCGUCCGAAGCCACGGGGGCUUUGUCAUUUUUGGGGCGACACCUCACGUCACUACGGGAGGCUCUUGAGAGCAGAUGAGUUUGUUUACGUGUACCUAAUGAAAUGGCCUCGGAGUGGACGUCAGGCACGUUUGACAAGCAGCUGGGAUCCAUGUCAUGUCAAACUAAAGAGUAUUAUUGGCUCCGUCAAGGCAUGUUGUCUGUACGUUUUACAUAAAGUUUUACUCUGGUAUUAACUGGUGAGUGUUUGUUCGAGGAUGGCCUCGAAGAAAACGAAAACGAUCCCUUUUUUGGUUAUAAAAAGGAAGAUGAUUGAUUACGUUUUGUCAGUCUUCCCGUGUUUUUCUACGGGUGAACAACAGAGGGCGCACGUGUUUCUUUUGCACGGCUUCCUGACGCCUCUUUGUCUUGUAAUUUCAAUCGCUUGUUAUUACACUUUUAAUAACUUUUGUUUUUAAUUACUGUUUACCAAAAUGGACUUACAUGUUAUUCCUAUACGAAGAAUAACAUGUCAGUCAGCUUUGAGAUGUUGUCUUAAAAAAACAAUGUUAGAUUAAUAUUUAUGUGCAAUAUGUUUCCUGUCCAAUGACAGUGUCCGACAGUGUCCCAAGUUGUGACUUCUUUUUUAAAGAAUACUACAAAUAUAAAACUCAUAAAAUGCAGAAUAUACAUGCUACUCGUUGGACAGGAGUAACAGAAGUCCACAUUUUGUGGAGUUUUCAAACAUUGAAAAAACUCCUGUCCAAUGAAUAACACUUAAGUCCCAUUUUUGUGUGAUUUUUUUUUUUUCUUCAUAAAAUGUAAGCUUCGGUUCCUGUCCAGUGAAUAACCUGAAAAGUCCACAUUUUGUCAGUUAUUUUUUACUAUUAAAAAAAAAUGAUUUUUAGUCAGCUUUGUCCUUUGCUAUCCUGGCGUCAGUGGACAAUGUGAGACUCUCGUCAUGCCAAAACCACCUUUCUUUUCCCGUAAACAAGUUUAUCAGCGCCGCUAACCGGAUUAAACCUGUUGGUGCCAAAUUGUUGUGAACAAACAUCCUGACACUAUUGUUGUGUGUUUUAAUCAAAUUACCUCAUCGCUCUCCAGAUCAAUUGAGGUUGUCCUUGACACUUCCAUUAAAUGCCCGUAAAUGCUGA